AUGGGUAGAUUAGCGGACUUAUCUUCGUCGUUGGUAGCAGCUACCAAAGCAAAGACGGAAAGGGAGGAAGAUCUGGUAGUUGUCAUGAAGGAGGAAACUAGUCAAGGUACCGUGAGAGGCAAGAACAUGUUUAGCCGUGUGUACUCCCGGAAAGCACGCCAGAAGAUAGUGGUGCCAGUUGUUCAGGAGAUGGUGGAGCCAGCCAUUGCGUCGACUUUUGAUGACGUGGUAGAGUUAGUCGUUAAGUUGAAUGUUGAAGAUCUGGAGUCAGAGUCCAUUUUUGUGCCCGAGGUGAUGGCACUGUUGUUGAUCCAGUUGUUCAAGAGAUGGAGGAGCCAGUCGUUGCGUCGACUGUUUAUGACGUGGUGGAGUUAG